AUGCACUUCAGACCUCAGGAGAUUCAAUCUGCGCCAAAGUUUAUCCAACUCGAGCAAGGUGCUCGCAAUGAGCCUGCUAUUGAGCGUCCACUGACACUUGUCACCAAGUUGAAGACUAUCUGGUGGCUUCGUGAAGGUGCCGCAGAAUUUUUUGGUACCAUGAUGAUCAUCAUUUUUGGUGUUGGUUCUGUUGCGCAAGUGGUCUUGUCUGAUGCAACCAAAGGUGACUAUCAAUCCAUCAGUUGGGGAUGGGGUAUUGGUGUCAUGCUCGGUGUGUAUGUAUCAGGAGGUAUUUCUGGAGGACACUUGAACCCUGCUGUCACACUCACCAACGUUGUCUACCGCAAACUUCCGCUCAAGAAACUUCCUGUGUACAUGGUUGCUCAGACGCUUGGCGCUUUCAUGGGUGCGGCCAUCAUUUACGGCAACUAUCGCUCUGCCAUUCAAGCAUUUGAAGGCGGAGAUAUGCGUACUGUUGGUCUCAAAACCUCGACGGCUGGUCUAUUCUGCACAUACCCAGCAGAAUUCAUGACCCGCACAGGCAUGUUCUUUUCUGAAUUCAUCGCAUCAGCGUUCCUCAUGUUUGUCAUUUUCGCGAUUGGAGACCCAGCAAACAACCCUGCUGGUGAUAUGGGUCCUCUUGUUCUCUUCUUCCUCAUCUUUGGCAUUGGUGCUGGUCUCGGUUGGGAGACUGGCUACGCCAUCAACUUUGCUCGAGACUUUGGGCCUCGCAUGUUCACUUACAUGGCUGGUUACGGUACCGGUGUCUUCUCCGCUGGUGGCUACUACUUUUGGAUUCCAAUGGUUGCGCCCUUCUUGGGUUGUCUAGCCGGUGGUGGUCUCUAUGAUUUAUUCUUAUUCUCUGGCGAAUCACCCGCCAACUCUCCUUACCUUGGCCUGCGCGGUGAACGCAGCAACGGUCAACAGGAUGCAGAACGUGCACACCGUGUUACAUCGCCUGUGGACCGUCUCCGCAACGACAGCGAAAUCACACGAAGCUAA